AUGUUGAAUCUUCUGCCUUCGGAACUACCGGAGGCGACAGUGGCGACGGCGGCACGGCUGCGAGACCGGGAACAAAGCUCUAGAGAUGUAGUUAAGGCCGCCCCGCUGCCGGGUGCGAAACGAGGCGGGGCGGGGGCGGGGCCUGCGCCGCGGGGGCGGGCCUCGGCUCGCCCCGCCUCCUCCCGGCAGGCAGGCCGGCCGGCGAGCUGGCGGGGAGGCAGUGCAUCAUCCGUCGGUGCGGCCGCCGUCGUUCAGUCCAUCCUGGCGGCAAUCGCCUCCGAACCGCCUCCGCCUUCUGCUCGCCCGCCCCCCGCACCCCGCAGCUCAGGGCCAAGUGCGAAGAAAGCGCCUUGUACCCUUCCGCGCCUGGCCCGGCCUGGCCUGGAGUCUUCAGCCCUCAAGUCUUCUGCGCUGGCCCCCAGCGGCUUGCGACGCUCAGCCUACUUCUCCACACUGGGAAAACCAAUUGGUUGAAGAAAG